AUGGACACUGGGCCUCCGUGCUGGAAUAAGUGGCUCUUAAUCUCUGCGAGUGUCGUAACGGCCGGGUCUCUCUAUUGUGCUCUGAAGACCAGCCAAAAACUCACUAAACUGGCACCUUCGAAAAAUGGCGUCGCCGACUUAAUUGGAAACACACCUAUGAUGAAGAUUGAAUCUCUCUCUCAGGCUACUGGAUGUGAAAUUUUUGCUAAGCUUGAGCUGUGUAAUCCAGGUGGUAGCGCCAAAGAUAGGGUAGCAUUGGGUAUAGUACGCGCUGCCGAAACACAGGGACUAUUAAGGCCAGGCAUGCCCGAUGUAGUGUUCGAAGGUACAUCUGGAUCCACUGGUAUUUCUAUCGCGACCAUUUGUAAUUCUUUGGGCUACAAAGCUCAUAUUUCUUUACCUGACGACACAUCGGCCGAAAAGCUCGCUCUCUUGGAGAGUUUAGGAGCUCAGAUCAACAAAGUCCGUCCUGCUGGCAUAGUAGAUCCCGAGCAGUAUGUUAACGCUGCACAAACAGCUUGUAAAGAGCUGAACAAGUCUCAAGCGGCUGAUGUAAGAGGUGUGUUUGCCGACCAAUUCGAAAAUGAUGCAAAUUGGCGUGUACACUACAACGGUACCGGGCCUGAAAUCUACAAACAGCUAGACGGACGCAUAGACACUUUCAUAGCGGGCUGUGGUACAGGCGGUACAAUCUCGGGUGUAGCCAGAUUUCUGCACGAGAAGCUAGGCGACAAGGUUACAGUAGUCCUAGCCGAUCCACAAGGAUCUGGCUUUUUCAAUCGAAUAAAGCAUGGAGUCAUGUAUGACCGAGUAGAGCGAGAAGGUACUCGUAGGCGGCACCAAGUAGAUACAAUUGUGGAAGGUGUGGGGCUGAAUCGGGUAACACACAAUUUUAGUCUAGGCGAGGCUUACAUUGACGAUGCGGUGAGAGUAAGUGACACACAAGCAGUUCGUAUGGCUAAAUAUCUGUCAGUCAACGAUGGUCUGUUCAUAGGUAGUAGUACAGCUAUCAAUGCAGUUGCUGCAGUUAAGGUGGCCAAAUACUUGAAACCCAAUUCCAGGAUUGUUAUUAUAGCAUGCGACAGCGGCUCAAGACAUCUCAGUAAAUUUUGGAAAGAAGCAAAGGCAGUAGCAGCAAAUAUUACAUUGCAAGAGGUUGUAAGCGAGGCCUGCUAA